CGAUUGACGACGCUUCAACCAUUGACUACAGCUACGUUUAGGCAUUAUGACGACGGCUCACAGACCGACGUUCGAUCCCGCACAAGGGCGAGAAGCCCUCCGCGGGCCCGCGUAUCACCAGCGCCUUCUUCCCGCGCACAUGCACCUGAAGACUCGUCAACAAGGCCAAGGUCAUGAAGGCGAAGUGCAACAGCGCGACCUCCGAGCAGAACUCCUCCAAGCCGAAGCAGCUCACUUCGCCAAGAAGCGCGGCGUCCCCGUCGACGAGCCGAUUGUCGAGAGUGCACCGAAACGUCAAAUUGAAGGGCCUCCAGGUGGCGAUGAUGGAGGGCCGGGAGAAAUAGAAGAGGAUCCGGAGGCGAAGCGGCGACGUGUAUUGGAGGAGACGCGAGAUAUAGACGCGGAUUCGGAUGGGUCGGAGGAUGAUAGUAGUGAGGAUGAGAGUGACGAGGAGGACGAAGAGGCUGAAUUGAUGCGCGAGUUGGAAAAGAUUAAGAGGGAAAGACAGCAGCAGAAGGAGAAGGAAGAGCGCGAACGAGCCGCCGAGGAAGAGGAAAAGCGCGAGGUCGACAUUGCCAAGGGUAAUCCCCUGUUGAACACUCAAGACUUCAACUUGAAGCGGAGAUGGGACGACGAUGUCGUGUUCAAGAACCAGGCCCGGGGAACUGAGCAGAAGAGGGGACCAGAAUUCGUCAACGAUUUGUUGCGGUCCGACUUCCACAAGCGCUUUAUGUCUAAAUAUGUCCGGUAAAGCGCAUACUCUAGUUCUAUCUUUUUAUUUUUUUUUUUUAUUUU